CAGCCGGCCUCAGCCUCGGCCCCAGCCCCCGCCCCCGCCCCCUCCUCGGUCAGCGCCAUGUCGGAGGCGGCUCGCGGUGAGGAGCCGGCGGCUGCCCAGGACCUGUUCAAGGAGGUGAAAUUCUUCGCGGUGGGAGACAUUGAGCAGCAGGUGAUUCAGCUGCUGAAGGCUGGAAAGGCGAAAGAAGUCUCCUACAAUGCAUUGGCAACGCACAUCAUUGCAGAAGAUGGUGACAACCCGGAAGUUGGAGAAGCUCGGGAAGUGUUUGAUUUGCCAAUAGUCAAGCCAUCCUGGGUAUUUUUAUCAGUCCGAUGUGGCCAACUCCUUCCAGUGGCUGGCUUCUCUCCAGAGGGAGGACAAGUAUUUUCGGGAGUUGCAGCUUGCCUGUCACGGGUUUCCACUGAAGACCGCAAAACACUAUGGGCUUUAAUUACUUUCUACGGAGGAGACUGCCAGCUCAAACUGAAUAAGGCUUGCACCCAUUUAAUUGUGCCUGAACCUCAAGGGGAGAAAUACACUUGCGCUCUGAAGCGAAACACUAUUAAAAUAGUGACGCCAGACUGGGUGGAGGACAGUGUUGCGGCAAAAUCGAGGAAGGAUGAGUCCACGUAUCACCCCCGUCUUAUUAUUCAGGAAGAGGAGGAGGAGGAGGAUGAAGAGGAAGAGCUGGCUGAAAACGAAGAGGAGCCCGAGAUGGACGACAAGCGCUCGGCCAAGAGCAGCCCCGUGUCAUCGCGGGGGGCCUCGCCGCUGAGCGUGCCGGGCUUCUCGCCGAAGCGGGAGCCCGAGAAAACGACGGGCGAAAUAAUGUUCGACGACUCCUCGGACUCUUCACCCGAGAAGCAGGAGAGGAACUUGAACUGGACCCCGGCGGAAAUCCCGCCGACGGCCACUGCCAAGCGCCGGCUUGCCCACGGGAAGGACUCUGCCCUGAUUAACUUGUGCGCCAAUGUGCCCCCGGUCCCCGGCACUAUCUCCAACCCAGAGGCCAGGAGCAACUUGAUGACCCCAGGGCAAGGGGCUCAGGGCCCCGAGAGGCCGGAGAUGGUGGCGGCCUGGAGCCCUGCAGUCAGGACACUGCGGAACAUAACUAAUAAUGCUGAUAUUCAGCAGAUCUCCAGACCGUCAAAUGUAGCACAAAUCUUGCAGUCCCUUUCAGCUCCGACCAAAAAUCUGGAAGCAGCCAAUCAGAACCAGCAGGGACCAGAACUCCGGCAUCCCGGCGCCGUUCUUUUCACGCAGGUUAAGCAGUUAACCCCUGAAGCGCAGCAGCUAUUGCAGCAGCAGUCGCAACAGCACCAGCUGCUGCAGCUCCAGCAGCAGCAUCUAAUGCAGCUGCAGCUACAGCAACAGCAGCAACAACAACACCAUCCUCAACUUCACCAGCAUCCAUUCCAGCAGCAGCAUCAGCAGCAGCAUACGUUCUCCCAACAACAACAGCACCAUCACUUACAGCAGCAGUUGCAGCAGCAGCAUCUUCAGAGGUUGCAACAGCAGCACUUCCAGCAACAGCAUCUACAGCAGCUGCAGCAGCAGCACCAGCAACAUCAGCAGCAGCAGCAUCCUGUUCCACAACAACUGCAAAUCUUUGGACAUGAUCCAGGCCUCGAAAUCCCAGAAGAAUCAUUUUUACUGGGCUGUGUUUUUGCAAUCGCGGACUACCCAGAGCAAAUGUCAGACAAACAGCUGCUGGCAACUUGGAAAAAGAUUAUCCAAGCCCAUGGAGGAAUUGUAGACCCCACCCUGACUAAUAGAUGCACACAUCUUCUGUGUGAAAGUCAGGUCAGCAGUAUGUAUGCCCAGGCCUUGAGGGAGGGAAAGCGAUGCGUCACUGCCCAUUGGUUAAACGCCAUUUUAAAGAAGAAGAAAAUGAUUCCACCUCACAGAGGACUGCAUUUUCCGGUAGCCUUCCCGCCAGGCGGCAAGCCUUGUUCCCAGCACAUGAUUUCCAUCACCGGAUUUGUGGACAGUGAUCGAGCUGACUUGAAGCUGAUGGGCUAUUUAGCUGGGGCCAAGUACACGGGAUACCUCUGCAGAAGCAAUACAGUCCUCAUCUGCAAAGAACCCAUUGGAUUGAAAUAUGAGAAGGCAAAGGAGUGGAGGAUACCGUGUGUGAAUGCACAGUGGCUCUGUGACAUUCUCCUCGGGAACUUUGACGCACUACGGCAGAUUCAGCACAGUCGCUACACAGCGUUCAACCUCCAGGACCCUCUUGCACCCAAUCCGCAGCUGAUUUCAAAUCUUUUAGCUGCUUGGCGGUUGCCGCUGAAGAUCUCGCCCGAGCUCUUGAUGAAUGUACGUCUCCAAACUAAACAGAAGCAAAAUGAAUGUAACCUUCCGCCUCCUGUAAAGAGAGCAAGGUUUGAGGAUUUGCCGCCACCAUCAAAAAAGCUUCCACCAGAAUCGACACCAGCAGUGCUGUUCACAGGAUUUGAGCCUGCACAGGUUCAGCAGUAUAUAAAGAAACUUUACGUGCUUGGUGGUGAGGUUGCUGAAUCUGCUCAGAAAUGCACUCAUCUGGUAGCAAAUAAGGUGACCCGUACGGUGAAGUUCUUGACUGCCAUCUCUAUCGUGAAUCACAUAGUCACGCCUGAGUGGUUAGAGGAGAGCUUCAAAAGUCAAAAAUUUAUUGAUGAGCAGAACUUUGUACUAAGAGACGCAGAAGCAGAAGUGCUCUUCUGUUUCAGCCUGGAGGAGUCGCUGAAGAGGGCACAGGGCACUCCCCUAUUCAAGGGGAAGUAUUUCUACAUCACUCCUGGAAUUUGCCCCAGUCUCACCACGAUGAAAGCCAUCAUAGAGUGUGCAGGUGGCAAACUGCUAUUGAAACAACCAUCUUAUCGGAAGAUCAUGGAGCAUAAACAGAAUAAGAGUUUGCCUGAGAUAAUCCUCAUCUCUUGUGAAAAUGACCUCCACCUAUGUCGAGAUUACUUUACCCGAAAUAUAGAUGUUCACAAUGCGGAGUUCAUUUUGACAGGUGUCCUGACGCAGACACUCGAUUAUGAGUCCUAUAAAUUCACCUGAAGUGAUGCUGUGCGCAUGGCAUUACACAGUCAGACUGCCAGUAUGGUGUUGAGACAAGCUACUGAGGAGCUGAGACAAGUGCGUUGCCCUUUCCCUCCUGCUGACAGUGACACUACUGUUCAGCCUGAAGAGCCUUCAGCAAAACGAGCAGAUUUAGGCAGGAGAGGAAUUAGAAAUUUGCAUCUUUUUUAAGAUGUGUGUUAUUUCAAGAACAUAUUUUGUUAUGUUUUAUUCCAGUGCUGGCUUGUUUUCCUACUGUAGAAUAUUGUACUGAUUAUUUUAGCCAGUUCAAAUAGUAAUCAAUUAUUUUUCAUAAGCUGUUUUUAACAAUGACUGUGGUACGGGCCCAUAAAUGGAAACCUUGCUCUAAAUCUUGUUUAUUACGAAAAUUUAUAAAGAGCUGUUGUCUGAUAAAUUAUGGAUGUUUUGAAAUUCUGGACUUUAUGCAAAUUUCGUUUUGUAUUUCUAAUUUGUGAAUUACUUUUAUUACACACAGUUGCACGAGUUGAAUAAAAUGGUUAAAAAUGA